AUGAAGGCCUAUUUACAAUCUUUUGAUCUAUGGAAAGAAGUUGAAGAAGAUGGCAAAGUACCACCAUUGCCGGCCAAUCCAACUUUGGCGCAAAUCAAGAAUUACAAUGAGGGAAAUGUCAAAAAGUUUAAAGCAAUAAAUGCUUUGAAUUCCACUAUUUCGGAAAAUAUUUUAACAAAACUUAUGGCAAGUGAAACUCCAAAGGAAAUAUGGGAUUUUCUACAAAACGAAUACUUGGGCAAUGAUCAAUCAAGAUUGAAGCAAGUUUUAAAUCUUAAAAGAGAAUUUGAGAUUCAAAAGAUGAGAGAAUUUGAAUGGAUUAAAGAUUAUGUCGAUAGACUCACAACAAUUUCCAAUAAAAUUAGACUAUUUGGUGAAAAGUUUUCAGAUAGUAGAAUUGUUGAAAAAGUUCUUGUGAGUUUGCCUGAGAAAUUUGAAUCUAAGAUUUCUUCACUUGAGGAUUCUAAAGAUCUCUCAAACAAUUUGGUUAAUGAUUUAGUCAAUGCUUUGCAAGUUGUUGAGCAAAGGAGGGCAAUUAGAGAUGAAAAAAUUAUUGAACAAGCUUUUGUUGCGAAGAUACCAAGCGAAUCAACCGGAAAAGUAAAAUCUCCACCCUGUGGCAUCUGCAAGAAAAACAACCAUGCUGAGAAGGAUUAUUGGUUUAAAGGUAAACUCAAGUGUUUUAACUGUAAAAGGCCUGGACAUAAGCAAAAAGUUGCAAGCUUAAAGAGUUGCAAGCAAAUAUGGUACAAGAGGAAGAAGCUCUUUUCUAAAAGUUGGAGAGAAGUUUAA